AUGGACUCGACCCUGCGGACAGCUUACAACCCUCAAGCACCUCUCGUCCAACCCACCUCCUUCCAUCCCUCUUCCUCAACCGGUCAGUCCACCAUGACAGCCGAGGCUCAAAAUACCCUAGAAAUCGCAUCAAAUGCGACCAGGCAGCGUUUGGAAACACCUCCAACCCGAGCACCCUUCCCAUCGCCCCCCGCAGCCAACGCCCAAGCAUCGUUACCUACGCAUGCAGCCCCCGCUCCGGCGCCCACAUCCGAUGCCUAUCCCCAUCAGAUAAAUGGUCUUGGGGGUCCAACUGCUACAGCGCCCUUUCUGCAGGAUUUCAAUCUCGUCGCUGAGGCAGCCAAGCGUGCUCAAAUGGGUAUCGUCAUGCGUGAUCUCGAGAGCGUGACUCUUUGA